GAACAUCGAUACUAUCGCUUGUGACACCGACGUAUUUGCAGCCCUAGUUUUUUUGGCGUGUAGCAGAAAAAAAGGAAGCCGCUUGUGGAAAUUUUCAACUGCCUUCGGCGAGCAUUAAACUCCUAGAAAAUCAGCAAGCCCGGCAUUCGACGCACCGCAAAAAACUUCGUUGACUACUUAGCAGCGCCGACGAGAAAGCAAGAAGAAAAAACAACAUGUCUGACGAAAAGAAAGGCGGCGAAACUGAACACAUCAACUUGAAGGUGCUUGGUCAGGACAACGCCGUGGUCCAGUUCAAGAUUAAGAAGCACACACCCUUGCGCAAGCUGAUGAACGCCUACUGUGACCGGGCCGGACUCUCCAUGCAGGUGGUGCGCUUCCGCUUCGACGGGCAGCCCAUCAACGAGAACGACACUCCAACAUCGCUGGAAAUGGAGGAGGGCGAUACCAUUGAGGUCUACCAGCAGCAGACCGGCGGCGCCCUAUAAAUUUACUUAGUUAAGCUAGUUACUCCACCCUUUAUAACUAACAAACCACGAAAACACAAAAAGAAUCAACAACAUAAUGAAGAAAACAGCAAAACAAGCAGUAAGCAUUAAUUGAAACAACAGUACGUUUAGUACUACUGUAGAUUUUGUCUGAAUACAAGACCACAACAAAGAUAAACUAUUGCAGACAAGGAAAUGGUAAAUAAAGCAUUUUAUAAACUACAUCUAAA